UUACUUGUUUUUAUAAAUAGCGAGUAUUGGCGCCAUUUACCUAAUCCAACCGCAAAGAAGCGUCGAAGCGAAGCGUCGUACCGCCAAAAUCCCUCCACGGUCUCUGUAAGAGAGAUUCAAAAUCCCUAAUUCCUUUGUUUUCUUGUCUCGUCGUUCAAUUUUCUCGGCAACCAAACGAAAGAGAGAGAGAGAGAGAGAGAGAGAGAGAGAGAGAUGAAAUUCAAGGCAUUUCUGACGGAGAAUGGAGUAAAUCUUCUGGAAAAGAGGUUCUUGCCAGCGCUAGACAAGAUGGGGAAGAUUUGCCACCUCUACUUCACCAGAGACCAUGCCAUCUUCCUCCACAACCUUCUCAACGGCGACGGAAUUCAAUCCGUCGCUCAGUUCCGCAAAGAAGCUCUUUUCGACGAUUACCGCAUCUCCAGCCAGAACGAGGACCGCAUUGCUUUCGCCAUUGAUGUCUCACUUCUCCACCGUGCUGUUCGUAGCAGUGUCAGCAUUUGUACGGAAUUCGGAAGUGGGUCAACUGAGAAGAAUCGUCUCCAAAUCAAAUUGGUGAAGAAGUUGCCUCCGAAUUCUACCCAACCCAUGCCUUUCCUUACCUUUGAGACCAAAGGUUAUAAAUCCGCAGUGAUCCAAGACGUACCGAUCUCAAAACCCUUGUCUAGAGCUCAACUUCUUGAGCUUCAAACCGCUCUUGACAUGGCUCAGGAUUUGCCUCAGACUCUGGUUCAGGUUCCGGAUUUGAAUCAGUUACAGAGCUUUGUGGAUCGGAUGAAGCAUGUUGGCGAUUUGUUGAAUGUAACCAUUAGCAAAUACGGGGAUUUGCAUUUACAGAUUUCGACGACAAUGAUCACGCUUGGUGCUGAGUUUCGGAAAUUGUUGGUCAUCGGAGACAAAGUUGAUUCUCCGGCUGAAGAUCGGAACUUGAGUGCUCAGAGUCGAUCCACCAGGGCUGUUUUGAAGGGAGAUGCUCAAUCUGUGCAAGUGAGCGUGAGGCAUUUUGCUAAGAGCCUUCAGUAUCACUUAGCCAAGCCAGAUUGUGCUUUUUAUGGAAUUGCUCCUCAGGGUGCUUGCCUGACUGUGAUAUUCCAGUUCUUCAUUCCCGGUUCUCGUCAAAUGGAUAAAUCAAUCAGUCUUCAUUGCAGACUUCCUGUACUUGAUCCUGGGUCAAAUUGAAAGAUCGUCAAGUCCAUGGGUUUUGCAGCUAGCACUGGGUUCGAGUGGCAUUUCACCCAUCCCUUGUAAAUUUGUGUGAGGGUGGUUCAGUUUCAUGUAUGUUAGACAAAUCUUUGUGAGAUUCAUAGAAUUCUUUUUCUUUU